UGCUAUUUUUAACCCGUUUUGCCCCACUGGCAACAAUUGUUGCCAAAGUUUAUCACUGUCAUUUUCGACUCACAAUAAAAAAUCUCAAAGGUACUAAUGCAACUUUUUCCACUUAUAUGCUAGUAGACAACUUAGACAAAGGUUUUGAUUUUUAAAAAAUCGUUUCCAAGUGCUUCCUAUCGCAUGACAUCAUCUGCUUCCCGCUCUUUCUGGCUGAAGACAUGGCGGAUGCAAAUCAUCCUGGAAAGAGGUAAUUUUCAUAAAUUUCUUAUGACUUUCCCCCCAAACAUAUUUAUAAUUAUUUAAUCAUUCAAGUCUCUAGAGUAACCCUCCCCAAAAAAAUUGUACCUAGGAUAAAUAUUUUUUUGUUCAUGGGCUUAUUUCUGUGAGUGGCAACAAAAGUUGCCAGUGGGCACAUAGCAUGUCGCUAACUAAAGGAAAACACUGUCUGCAGGAUUGCUCCUAAUUUACUUAUUUUAAAAUUGUAGAAUGAUGUACAAUGGCUCAUUUUAGUCCUUUUAGAAUAAUUCCUAGCUAAAUAAAUUCACAUUUUUAAGCAUCUAAAUGACAUCAACAACGCAAUCCCGAUAGCAGAACAUGUGGCAGUAGAUGAGAUGAUGAUUGAGUAUUUUGGAAGGCAUGGGUGCAAACAGUUUAUUAGAGGGAAGCCUAUUCAUUUUGGGUAUAAAAUAUGGAGCUUAGCAUCCUCCUCCGGGUUUGUCCAUCAGAUGGAGCCAUAUGUAGGAAGCCACACACAUCUGGUGGAAACUGGACUUGGUCAGGGUCCAAGUGUGGUUCUUGGCCUGGCAGAGAAAGCUGAAGUGCCACCUGGAGUCAAGUUUUACCACGACAACCUCUUCACAACCCUGUCCCUGGUGGAUGAGAUGACCCUGAGAGGCUAUGGCAGCUGUGGCACGAUGCGACAAACUCAGCUCCAUAACGUUCCCUUCACAGCACCCCAGACCUUCAAGAAGACACCCAGAGGAGAUGCUGAGUAUCUGGUUGAGGCAGAGAAGCUGAUUGUAAGGUGGAAUGACAACAGCGUGGUCACCGUGGUGUCGAACAUGGAGAGGGAGUUCACCGAAACUGAGGCGAAGAGAUGGAAUAAACAGAAGCGGACUAUGGACAAGGUCAGACAGCCCAAGUGUAUCCAGGACUACAACACACACAUGGGAGGAGUGGACCUGCAUGACCAGUUUGUCAGCCGCUACAGAGUCAACAUCCGGUCCAAGAAGUGGUGGUGGCCAUGCUUCAGCUGGGCCCUGAACAGUGCCAUGGUGAACAGCUGGUGCUAUUACAGGUCCUGGAAAAGCGGGGAGAAGGAUCUCCUCUCCUUCCAGAGGCUGGUAGCCCAGACCCUCCUCCUGCGCCAUGGAACAAAGCCAAGUAGGCAGGGCAGAAGAUCUUCAAUGGCGGUGGCGAUAACUGAUGCCACCAGGUUUGAUAAUUUGAACCACUGGCCCUGCAACACUGGUAGCAGGUACAAGCGAUGCAAGAACUGCGGCGGACGCACAUCAUUUGCGUGUGGAAAGUGUGAUGUGCCACUACAUGUGGAGUGCUUCAAGAAGUACCACACUGAGUAGAACAUGCAUGAAAGAUGAUGGAAUGUACGGGAAGAAAUAUGUUAUAUAUGUAUAUAUGUUUUUAGAGGUUCUAAGAAAAAAAUGUUUGUUGAGUUUUUGAGUAUAAAAAAAUUGAGAAUAAAGAAAUCAGUUCAAAUUGUUUGAUGUUUUGAAUUUUAUACAGGGGGAACCUGAGGCUCCACCUUUUUGUUAUUAUUUAUUAUGACUAUAUUAUUAUUUUGUUCUUAUUAUAUUAUUAUUAUUACUUCUCUAUUAUUAUUAUUAGGUGACAUUUGACCUAGUGACAAGCUGUGUGACUACUGGCAACAAUUGUUGCCAGUCAUAAAAAUGCUAUUUUCUUCAAAAAAAAAGUACAAAAUGGAAAAAAUAAAUACAUAACAUGAUUCAGAGGGACUCAACUGAUAAAAUGAUAUGCCUUACAACUCUGAAAAAAAUCUGGGCACAAAC